AUGGUUCAUCAGCACGGCGAUCAUCAUGAUAUUCCGGCAGAGCAUCGAAGGCACAAACCUGGUGCUUGGCUGCCCGCCGACCACCGCAUCCACCGCCAGUACCUCGCCGAGGUCAUCGACUCUGUCGACUCGGGCAGGACGGCCACGGGCGGGCUGACGCCUGCGCUGCAAGAGUUCAAGGAGCUGAUCGAGGGCAAUGCGCGCGUCUACAUGUACUUUGUGCAGAUGUUUGACGAGGUGCCCCAGAAGCAGCCGUACCUGCGCGACCCGGCGGGCCACAAGCAGGUCCGCGACUACCCGCACAUGCUGCAGGUGCUGAACCACAUCGUCACGAGGGCGCCGGAGUGGACAAAGACGGCCGCGGCCAUGGGCGUGGUGGGAGUGCCGAUGUGCGCCGUGUUUGACUACCCGAUGGGUACCCCGAGUGGGCAUGCGGCGUUUUUGGACCCGGAUGUGAACAGGGCGCUGAAAAAGGUCCUCAAUGAAUGGGGCAAGUAUCUACAGACGCCCGAAUCGGCAUCGGUGCUUGGGGAACAUGCCAUCGGCUGGUUUGGCGAGACGGGCCGUCAUGACCUACUGCAAGUCGCCAAUGCGCCGUACAAGUCCAACCACAGCUUUGAGGAAAUGUUUGAGUGCGAUCCAAAGGCGCAGCACAUGGGCUAUAAAUCCUGGGACGACUUCUUCACCCGCAAGGUGCACGACGCCGCCCGCCCCGUCGCCAGCCCCGACGACGACUCGGUCAUCGCCAACGCCUGCGAGUCCAAAGUCUUCAACCUCCAGACGGACGUGCAGCUGCGCGAUCACUUCUUCGCCAAGGGCCAGCGCUACUCGCUCGUCGACAUGCUCGCGCACGACGCCCUCGCGCCGCAAUUCGUCGGCGGCACCGUGUACCAGGCGUUCCUGUCGGCGCUGUCCUAUCACCGCUGGCACAGUCCCGUGUCGGGCACCGUCCGGCGCGCGUUUGUCGUCGACGGGACGUACUUUAGCGAGCCGCUGUUCGAGGGGCCCGGCGACCCGGCGGUGCGCGAGAUUGACACCGGUGGGAUCAGCGUCGCGCAGGGCUACCUGGCGUGCAUGGCGGCGCGGGCGGUGAUUGUGCUCGAGGCGGACAAUAAAGACCUGGGCUUGGUGGCGUUUGUGGGCAUCGGCAUGGAUGAGGUGAGCACGUGCGACAUUACGGUCAAGGAGGGCCAGCAUGUCAAGAAGGGCGCGGAGCUGGGCAUGUUUCACUUUGGAGGGAGCACCCAUUGCUUGGUCUUUCAGAAGGGUGUCGAGCUGGAAGGGCUGCCGCAGGUGGGCAGGGAGGAGAACGUGCCGGUGAGAGGAAAGCUGGCGACGGUGAAGAAGUGA